AUGGACGACCAGCUUUCGCGCGCCUCAAAUCCCACAGACUCCGCCGCUCCCACAGAGGGAGACGGCAGGAGUCCUCGACAGCCUCUCACCGCCAGCAGCCUUUCCACGCGUUUCGACGGUGGCCCAACACCCAAGUUGACUGAAAAAGAUGGAAAAACCAUGCAGAGGUUGACCCUCGCUGAGGCAGCAGAGGAGAUCAAGAGGCUUCGUCGCUUGGCCCGCCAAAACAAAUCCGAUUUGCAGAAGAAAGACGAGGAACAGACGGCGCUGCAGCACACCCUCUCGCAGCUUCAGUCGGAGAUGCGAAAUGCCCAACGAGCGGCCGAGAAGAAAAUUCGUGAAAAGGAACGCGAAGCGGACGAACUGCGGAAACAACUCGAUCAAGCUGCGGAGGAUCUCCGGAUUCUUCAGUCCUCCACCCUGCCCCUGAAUGAAGCCCGGAAACUGACCUACAAAGCCCUGCGGAAGGGACGCGCGCUGGAGUGUCUCGGAGAGCUCUUUUGUCGAAAUACCGUGACGAAUCGCAUGUUACGCCAAGGGUUCAAUGCGAUUGUCGAAAACGCAUUUGGAGCGGCGCAUUUGGCGUAUCGAGCCGAGCACGGCGUCGGUCCCGGCGUCAGCCACGUAGUGGACUCGCAGUUGCGCCUUCUGCGGCAAGAGCAGCUUCUUCUUCUUGCUGAAAACGAGAGACUCAACACGCAGCUGCUCGAAGUCCAGGGUGCACUCGUCAGCAAGCGUCAGACCCUUUCCGAGACGCCGCAGGACGGAGAUCACACUGAACCGCGCUCUCUGUUUGCCGCCUUCCCCGCGCGCCUCGCGGCUUCCCUAGGAGACACCGACGUCGAACGAAGGAGUGGAAUGCUGCGGAAAAUCAAAGGACAGAUCAUUAAAGCAGCAUUCGAGGUGAUCUGCGGCAUUCUUCGCACUGCGAGACUACGCUUGCUGGCCGUGUCGAUGCGAAAGCUGGCGUGCUUCGCGGUUCAUGAAACCGGAGUUCUGAUCUCGAACAUCGCUAACGCCAAGGCCACAACCACUCGAAAUCAAGUCAACUUCCUUCUCGGAACCAAACUGCUGGGCAGCUUUCUCCGCACGUUCAUAUGCCGUCGCGAGCGCCUUGGCUUUUAUCGUCUCGUGACGAAUGCCAUUCAAGACAAGCGAAUCAGGAGACCUGUCGGCCAGGGUCUCGGGAACUUCUCCGAUCCCUCCACAGCUGCUUCGGAUGGGGUCACCGCGCCGCCGGGCGCCGACCCCUCUCCAGGCCUGUUCCGGCCGAGUCUCGGCGCGGGGAGUGUCCCCCUCGGAGGGUUGCCUGCCUUCGUGUACCAGCCGCACUACUACGGCAGAUUACCCAGCACGCAAACUCGGCGGAGCGCGAACGUCUUCUUCCCUGCGCCGCAUGUGCCGGCGUGCCAGGCGGAGUUGAAGCUCCAGGCUCUCAGCCACAACUCAGACAUUUGCGACCCCAUUUACCGCCCCGCACCGGAACUGUCAGCCAUCGCCUCGCCAGCGGGCCGGAGACGUGACCCGCUCGUGUCCGACCGCUAUUUGUCGACUUUCGAAGUGAGCAGAGAGACGAAGCUGCGCAGGCGCGAACUCCAGGGCGCAUUGUUGAAGCCGAGUGCAACGCCGGACGACGAGCCUCUAAGCGCCAGCAAGAUGAACGACAUGUACAUCGAUAUGCUUCUCGAUGAAGUGGACAGGAGGCAAUAA